AUGCCACUCCCUCGUCCAUCAAUUAGCGAUAUUUCAAGCAACAAAGGUGAACAUUAUUUUCUAUACCAUUUGAAUGCAGCAGCAUUUGGUGAACAUGGGACCUUAUGGGAAACACCGUGGACAUUUUGGGUUGUUUUCGAAGCCCAAGAAGUACUACCACAAUCAAGUUAUAUUGAUGUAGCUGUUGCUGGCCUGUAUGCUGAUGAAGAUAUCUCUACUCGCUCUCCUCCACUCUCAGAAUUUUUGUCAAGCUUACCACCUUGGGUUACUGUCAUUCGGGGUUGUGCUGUUUAUGAUCAUUGGCGUUUUCAGCUGAACUAG